AUGUCUCAUUGUGACACAGGGAAUGCUUCCACAUCUCGUUGGCUAAUAGAGCCAUAAGAAAAGAAUUUUCUUAAUUAACUGUGAAUUGUUUUCUGGAUGCCAUAAUAUUUUUGAUUAGUUUGAUUUGCCUAGUAAAUAUGGAGUUAAUUAUGUAGCCACCGGCGGCCCUGAUUUGAGCCUCUAGCAGUAGUGCUAUGUGAGCAGCUGUGUCUUUUUCACCAAAACAAAUGAUGACUUGCACUUUUGAUUUGCAUCAAAAUAUCAGUCAGCCAGCAACUGUUAAGCACAUAACCUUUUAAAGUUUAAACAUUCAGACAUACUCUGUUGAACUUUUAAGCAAUAGCCAUCACCCAAUAGAAUCUGAUAUCUCCACUAAUGUGAAACAUAUGGAAUGGCAAACAAAUUACACCAUCAAAAGUCAGAGAAAGCAAACGGACUUCAUUCUUUUCCUCUAUCAGAACAUAUUCUCCUUUACCCUUUUAGCCUUUUUCCAUCCAACAGUGCCAAACCUGGUAAUGGUAUUGACUUACAACACAAGGGACUCUUUUGCUCUUCAUAGGUUUUCGUAUUGGAAAAAGUAACCCUCAAUCUUUACUCUUUAAACAUGCAAAGAAACUUCACUUAAGUUGCGUAUGCCUUUUUCUUUUUUUUUUUAAAUCUUCCCGGGAUCUUACUUUUGAUUAUCUUAUUCUGGUUCUUUGGGUGAACUAAUUUUUGGUAAUGGGGGCAAAACUAUCUCGAAUUGCCAAGAGGUUUGGUUUCCUUCCUCAGUGUAGAUUAAGGAUUCUCAUGGUGGGUCUUGAUGCUUCAGGGACGACAACCAUUCUUUACAAGUUAAAGCUGGGAGAUCUGCUUAAAACCAAGCCCACAGUUGGUUUUAAUGUAGAGACCAUAGAGUACAAAAAUAUAUGCUUUGAUGUAUGGGAUAUCGGAGGACAAAGCAAGAUUCGGCCGUUGUGGAGACAUUACUUCCUGAACGUCCAAGGCGUGAUCUUCGUGGUAGACAGCACUGAUAGAGAAAGAAUCUCAGAAGCCCGCAACGAGCUGCAUUGGAUUUUGUCAGAAAAUGAACUAGCCAGUGCAUCACUAUUAGUCUUUGCCAAUAAGCAAGACCUGCAAAAUGCCAUGACCUCGUCUGAGAUUGCUGAUAAACUUGGAUUGCACUGUCUUGGACAGCGACCCUGGUACAUCCAGGGUACUUCUGCUCACUCUGGCUGUGGACUCUAUGAAGGUCUCGACUGGCUAUCUAACAAUAUCUCCCUCGAUGCAGAAUCCUUCUCAUACGGCCACAUUCCUCAUCUUUUCUCCAACAGAAAUCACCAGAAUGAAAUUGAUUUGACACUCAUUGAAUUGGAAAAAGAGAAUGUAAUAUUUUGAAAAUCCAGCAUGAACUUUUCACAAGUUGCAAUUUUAGAAGAUGCAGCGAUGCUUUUCACUGAGCGGACUCCCCUGCAAAUAGAUAUCAUUCACUGUCUGCAUCUGUGUAUUUAUAAGUUGACAGGUUUUUUUUUUUUUAUUUCAAUAAAUAUGAAUUUAG